GUAUAAUGAAGGGGUUAGUCCUUGGAAUUAUCAUAGUACUGUUUGUCCAAGGUAUUGCAUCUUUAGACAAGGGAACCAGUAAAGCAUCGAACAAACAAUCCAGGGGAAAUAUCAAGUUCAGAGCCACUGGAUAUGAAGAUGUAAUUAAAAAUCAUAACCUUCUAGCAUCCAGCAAAAGCGGUUCUAAAAAAGACCGGUACAAACCUACUGGAUAUGAAGAUAAUAAUGUCCAAACUAAAAGAUACCAGCCCAAUGUUUUAAGCAUUACUGGAUCUAAAAGUUCUAACAGAAUUGGGUAUGAUAGCUACGAAACGAAUAAGUAUGACACUAACCAGCAAGGAUAUGAUAUCUUAAAUUAUGGAUAUGAUGACUCUAGCAGUAAAGGAUAUGAGACAUACACACCAGGAUAUGACGGUUCUAACAAUAUCAAAUAUGGGAGAGAUAACCAGGGAUACGAUGUUUCCAAUAAGAUAAGAUAUGAUACCUACCCGUCAAAACAUAUCAGUUCAAGCAAGAUCGCAUAUGGAAGCAACACUCAAGGAUAUGAUGAUUCCAGUAAGAAAGGGUAUGCUACCAUGUCUACACCAUAUGACAGUCCUAGUAAGAUCGCUUAUGGUAGCAACAGUCAGGAAUACGAUGUUUCAAGUCAGAAAGGGUAUGAUACCUACCCGUCAAAACAUACCAGUUUAAGCAAGAUCGCAUAUGGAAGCAACACUCAAGGAUAUGAUGAUUCCAGUAAGAAAGGGUAUGCUACCAUGUCUACACCAUAUGACAGUCCUAGUAAGAUCGCUUAUGGUAGCAACAGUCAGGAAUACGAUGUUUCAAGUCAGAAAGGGUAUGAUACCUACCCGUCAAAACAUACCAGUUUAAGCAAGAUCGCAUAUGGAAGCAACACUCAAGGAUAUGAUGAUUCCAGUAAGAAAGGGUAUGCUACCAUGUCUACACCAUAUGACAGUCCUAGUAAGAUCGUGUAUGGUAGCAACACUCAGGAAUACGAUGUUUCCAGUCAGAAAGGGUAUAAUACAUACCCGUCAAAACAUAUCAGUAUAAGCAAGAUCGCAUAUGGAAGCAACACUCAAGGAUAUGAUGAUUCCAGUAAGAACAGGUAUGAAACCGUUACUAAAUCAUAUGACAGUUCUAGCAAGAUCGCAUAUGGUAGCAACACUCAUGAAUACGAUGUUUCCAGUCAGAAAGGAUAUAACACCUUCCCUUCAUCGUAUGUCAGUUCUAGCAAGACAACAUAUGAGAGUAACAAUCAGAGACAUGAUGAUUCCAGUAAGAAAGGAUAUGGAAUUUUCCCUGUGAGCUAUAAUAAUCCCACAAAGAACAAGAAAUAUGACGCUACUAGAAAUAAAGAUUAUGCCACAAACCCUACACAAUAUAACAGUCAGAAGGGUUACGACACCUUAAGUAAGGAAUAUGACAGUUCUAGCAAGAUACCAUAUGUGAUCAACAAUCAGGGAUAUGACAAGCCUAGCAAGAUUGCAUAUGGAAGCAGUAAUCAGGGAUAUGAUGAUUCCAGUAAAAAAGGAUAUGGUACCAACCCUGUGAGCUAUGAUAGUUCUAUAAAUACCGAGAAAUAUGAUGUUUCCAGUAAUAAAGGAUAUGCUACAUCCCUUACCCAAUAUGACAGUCAGAAGGGAUAUGACACCUUAAGUAAGGGAUAUGACAGGCCUAGCAAGAUUGCAUAUGGAAGCAACUAUCAGGAAUAUGAUGAUUCAAGUAAAAAAGGACAUGUGACCUACCCUGCCACUAGCUAUGCUAAAUCUAUAAACACCGAGAAAUAUGAUGUUUCCAGUAUUAAAGGGUAUGACACAUACCCUACACAAUAUGACAGUUCUAGCAAGAUAGUAUAUCUGAGCAACAAUCCGGGGUAUGAUGAUUCGAGUAAGAAUAGUUAUGGUACAUACCCUGCGACCUAUAGUAAUUCUAAAAACACCAAGAACUAUGAUGUUACCAGUGAUAAAGGGUAUGACACAUACCCUACACAAUAUGACAGUUCUAGCAAGAUAGUGUAUCUGAGCAAUAAUUCGGGGUAUGAUGAUUCGAGUAAGAAUAGUUAUGGUACAUAUCCUGCGACAUAUGAUAAUUCUAAAAACACCAAGAACUAUGAUGUUACCAGUGAUAAAGGGUAUGACACAUACCCUACACAAUAUGACAGUUCUAGCAGGAUAGUAUAUGUGAGCAGCAAUCCGGGAUAUGAUGAUUCGAGUCGGAAGCUGGGGUAUGAAAAAUACCCUGCGACCGAUGAUUAUUCAACAAACACUCAGAACUAUGAUGUUUCCGGUAAUAAAGGGUUUGACACAUACCCUAAACAACAUGACAGUCAGAAGGGAUAUGUCAGUUCUAGCAAGAAAGUAUUUGUGGGCAGCAAUCAGGUGUAUGAUGCUGCCAGUCAGAAGGGAUAUGAUGUUUCCAGUCAGAAGGGAUAUGAUACCUUAAGCCAGGGAUAUACCAGUUCUGGCAAGAACUCAUAUGGAAGCAACAACCAGGGAUAUAAUGCGUCUAAAAAGAAAGUGUAUGAUACCUCAAUUCAAAAGUAUGACGGUUAUAGUAAGAACCAGGGGUACGAUAUCAUGUUUGGGUACGACGGGUCUAGAAAGAAAACUUACGAAAGCAAUAGUAAAGGAAACGAUGUUUCAAGUAAAAGGUAUGAUACAUAUAAUCAAGGAUAUGACGCAUAUAUCAAUACCGCAUAUGAGAGCAAUCCAAAGAGAUAUGAUGACGAUCAUGUCGGAUAUGACAGCUCUAACCAAACCCAAUAUAGAAACAACAAACAGGGAUAUGCUGUAUCAAGUAAGAAAGGAAUUGAUACACCCAGCAAAGAAUAUGUCGACUCUGGCAAAAACAAACCAACAGGGUACGAAGUUUCUAGUAAAAAAGGAUAUGUCAGCUCUAUCAAAAAUAAACCAACAGGAUACGUUAGCUCUAGCAAAAACAAACCAACAGGAUACGAAGUUUCCAGUAAAAACAAACCAACAGGAUACGUCAGCUCUAGCAAAAACAAACCAACAGGAUACGUCAGCUCUAGUAAAGACAAACCAACAGGAUACGUCAGCUCUAGCAAAAACAAACCAACAGGAUACGUUAGCUCUAGCAAAAACAAACCAACAGGAUACGAAGUUUCCAGUAAAAAAGGAUAUGAUCCCGUCAGUCAAGGAUACAAAAGUCCUAGCAAUAACGAAUACAACAGUUACAAUCAAAAAGUAUAUGAAAGCAAACCUAAGGGAUAUGAUGACUCCACUAAAAAAGGAUACGAUAGUUAUAGCCUAGAAUAUGAAAGGUCCAGUCCACAAGUAUAUGAUAGCUUUAAACCGAACUAUAAAGGCUCUAAUCAGCACGAUUAUAACAGCUACAGACAGAGAGAUGGUGGUUCCACCAAGAAGGGAUCUAUAAGCUUCAGUCAAGGAUAUAACUCCAAUAAAAAGAAAAAUGACGGAUAUAGCACUGUCAUUGACAGUUACAAAGGGAAAGAUAAAACAGAUUAUGAUCAUGCCACGUAUGGAAAAAACGAUAAUCUGGAUUUCGGACUAAACAGUUAUGCUAUUUAUGACAUGCGCAGUAUUGAUAAUCAGAUCCAAAGCAGUUAUGGUAAAUACAGCAAAAACAGUUAUAACAGGGACGGUGAAAAUAACCAGUUUCAAGAUACAGGGUACGAUACUUAUGAUAGUUAUUUGAACAAUGACUAUAAUAGCUAUGGUACCGUUGUAAACGAUAAGUAUGGGAAAGAAAGUCCGAGGAGAUCAGAUAGCCGUGAUGGCGAAUAUGACGUAAAACAUAAUGUACGCCGUGAAAACAGCAAUAGAAGAUAUAGGCCGAGUUCAAGAGGUGCUGAAAGGAAACGAGGAUCAACUAUCACGAACUAUUAGGACUGUGUGUACUAGUUUAACUUAAUAAAUGGCAAAUGUGUGUAUAUAUAUGUAUGUAAAUAAACUAGGCAAACAGA